AUGCUGCUGGUUCGUAGAGCUAAAGUCCAACCUCAUUUCCUUGGAAUCACUCCUGAGCUCGUCCGACGGUGGGCCCCAUCUGGUUUCGGCUUCCUAAUAGCGGCAGGUGUGGUCGCUAUCCAAUUCGCUGAACCAAUUCCCAGAGUACGAAAGGAUAUCUUGAGCAAAAUUCCGGUUGCGGGUCGGUACUGGCAAGACGAGGAGGAGGAAGAGACGUCUUAG